AUGGAAUACGCACUAGGUGAGGCAGCAGUACAGCAAGAAGGUAUAAAUCUUAGCAUCAAAUUAUAUUGUAAAAGGAAACUUGGAGACAGAUUUAUUGGUGAAGUGAAUAUACCAUUGAAGAAGCUCUUUGGUAAUGGAUUAAGUGCAGAGAAUAUCAGCUACGCCGUGGCUGGAGCUCCAAGAGGAAGACUGAAUAUUUCAUACAGAUUUAGUGACAGCAUAUUUGUUAAGAAACCUUCUCGGUGGAACAAGGCACUCGAGUUAGGGUUCUUGAUACUACUAGGAGGAGCAUUUCUCCUUUUAGAGGGAGAAGAAGAUAAGGAGAAUCCGGUUCUUACGGAUACUAGGGAUGUUGUUGUUGUUGACGACAACGAUGUUUUUACGAUGCCACUGAUUCGAAUGGAGGAAACAAUCUUUAAGAUAGCUAAACAUUGA